UUUCGACUCCUCCACCACUUAUUUUCUCUAACCACCCUUGGCUCAUAUUUCACCAUGCUAUUCGAUAUGGAUUACCAGGCAAUCUCGUCGUCUCUGAUCGCCCCAGUAGCAGCAUUGGCCAUUGCUAUUUAUGUAGCGUCUGCUAUCAGGCACGCAUUCUUCUCGCCGCUCUCGAGUAUACCUGGUCCGGUCAUAAACAAGUUUUCCAGUCUGCCGCUGCUGUUCAAAGUUAUGACCGGCCAGUACCACGCAUAUUCGACAGAGCUGCAUGCGAAAUACGGCGAGAUUGUGCGCAUCGGCGCCAGCUACGUGUCCCUGUCCAACACAUCGGAUACACGGCUUGUCCUUGCCACCCACGGGUUUAAGAAGGGAGUGGCGUAUACCAAGGGCCAGCUGACAAAGCAGAACUCAUUCUCGACUGUUGAUCCAGAGUUCAACAAAGUGCGGCGGCGCCAGAUUGGAGAUACCUUUGCGAUGCACACACUACGGGGUAUCGAGGACCUGGUUGUUGGUGCGGGUGCUAACUCGCUGAUCAAGGCGUGGGAUGCCGAGAUUUCCAAGCAAGGAGGAGCAGCAAGAGUCAACUACUUUUAUGCACUACAUCGCAUGGGUUUUGACGUGAUCGGUGCGGUUGGGUUUGGCCAGAACUUCAACAUUCUGCAGACAGGCAACACGGAAGUAAUUGACAAUAUGCAGAGCAUGAUGCACUUGAAGUCAAUAAUCACUGUGCUGCCAUUUGUCAACCGGGUUCCAUGGCUAUUCCCAAAGCUGAAGAAGUCUGCGCAAUCACUUUUAGACUUCAUUGGCGGCGCAAUCAGGAUGCGCAGACAGCUUAUUGAAACGACAGGUGCCCCACCACGGGUUGACAUCCUGCAAAAGAUGAUUGAUGCCAGCGAUCCGGCGACGGGCCAGAUUCUCGAUGGAGAUAACCUCGUAUCUGAAGUUGGACUGAUGCUGAUUGCUGGAACAGACACCACCAGCAACACGCUGUCGUAUACGCUUACACAUCUGCUCCACAACCCUGGUGUCUACAGGCGGGCAACGGAGGAGGUACGCAGUGUAUUCCCUGAUGCCUCGCAAACGAUUUCGUUUAAUGACGCUAAAUCCAAGCUGCCCUAUCUCUCAGCAGUAAUCCACGAGGCUAUGCGAUUGAAUCCAUCCGUGUCUGGCUUGCUACCACGCCAGCUUCCGGCUGAUGGGGCAACGAUCCAAGGCCAUCACAUCCCGAAGGACGCACAAAUAUGCAUAUCUGUUUUUGCCUGUCAGCGCAAUCCGCGGACUUGGGAUAACCCCAAUGUGUUCGACCCAGAGCGUUUUCUUGGCACCGACUUAGCUGAGAAGUUGAAGGAUGUGCUGACUUUCAGCUCGGGUGUUCGGGUCUGUAUCGGACAAAACCUCGCCUGGGUUGAGAUCUAUACGGUUCUUGCCAACAUUCUGCGCAGGUACAACUUCUCGCUGCCCGAGGACGCCCCAUAUGGCCCUCACAGACUGAACAGGCUUGGUGUUCCGGUCGAGAUCCCAGCCGCUUCAUUUAUCGUUACCGGUCCGAGGAAUCCAAAAGACAACUGCUGCGUCAGCAUUACUCUUGCUGCGGCUUGAUCACUGGACCGUCUCUAACGCACAAUCUUUUACCUAUAUAUAGGAUUUUAUAGUCCAAAAAAUGUCCAACUGUCCGGUAAAACCUUUUUAGUUGGUUAAAACAUAAAACUCUUAAGCUUCAA